UUCGCCGGAAGCCCGGAGCCACCUGUCACUAGAAAUGGCUAUGAGAGCCGCCGCCGUCUCUGGCCACUUGCCGCCGCUUUUCCACCACUCUCAGUUGCCUGUUGUUACUGGUUUAUGUGUUGGAUCGAGGAAAUUGAAUUUCCCACCAAAGAGGUUGAGACUUUUCGCCCGAUAUUCUCAAGCACAGGAUCGGUUUUCCUCGCGUCUUCAAGACAGUAUUGAAAAUUUGCCCAAACUGGUGGAGGAUAUUGUCCAGACAUCUAUAAACACAGGUCCACGUGGAGCCCUAAGGGCAGCUCAAGGUAUUCAAGCAGUUAUUAGAGUUGGUGGCGAGUGGCUAGCAGAUGUAUCACAGUCAACAAAUUCAUCUGCAGGAUUACCAACUCAAAUUCAGCUUGGGUUACUUUCUCCCCUUUAUUUGAGGCGGUUGUUUGAAAGCAUGGGGGCAACCUAUAUCAAAUUAGGUCAGUUCAUAGCGUCCGCACCCACAUUGUUUCCACCAGAAUAUGUCCAAGAAUUUCAGAGCUGUUUUGACAGAGCUCCUGCAGUUCCUUUUGAAGAUAUCCAAAGAGUCUUGCGUGAAGAAUUAGGGAGACCAAUAGAUAGUGUUUAUGAAUAUGUUGACCCGACACCAAUUGCUUCUGCCUCAAUUGCACAGGUUCAUGGUGCAAAGCUUAGAGGCUCCCAAGAGGAUGUAGUGAUAAAGGUCUUGAAACCUGGAAUAGAGGAUAUAUUGGUGGCAGAUCUGAACUUUGUAUACAUUGUUGCUCGCAUUUUGGAAUUUUUGAAUCCUGAACUUGGCCGUGCAUCGCUGGUUGGUAUUGUCAAAGACAUAAGGGAAUCAAUGCUUGAAGAAGUUGACUUCAAUAAGGAGGCUGCAAAUAUUGAAGCCUUUAGGAGAUAUUUAGAAGCAAUGGGACUCACAAGGCAAGCUACAGCUCCAAAAGUGUAUCAUCAGUGCAGUACUCGACGAGUCCUGACAAUGCAGAGGCUUUAUGGAGUUCCUCUUACUGAUCUAGACUCUAUUAGUUCACUUGUUUCUAGUCCUGAGACCAGUCUUGUAACUGCCCUUAAUGUAUGGUUUGGUAGUUUGCUUGCCUGUGAAACCUUUCAUGCAGAUGUUCAUGCAGGCAAUUUGUGGUUGCUACGUGAUGGCCGCAUUGGGUUUCUUGAUUUUGGAAUUGUUGGACGCAUAUCCCCAAAAACAUGGGCUGCUAUGGAAGUCUUUUUGGAAUCAAUUGCAACCGAAGAGUAUGAGUCAAUGGCAUCUGCUUUAAUUGAAAUGGGUGCUACAAACAAGGAUGUGGAUUUCAGGGCCUUUGCAAGGGAUUUGGAAAAGAUAUUCUCAUCAAUUCAGGAUUUGGAUACAGAAAUUAUUGUUGCAACAACCAGGGGCCCAUCCACAAACACAACUGCAGUCGCUGCUAAUGUAGUUGUUGAUGAGAGGCAGAUGAAUGCACUUUUUCUUGAUGUGGUUCGGGUUAGUGAAUCCUAUGGACUGAGAUUUCCUCGGGAGUUUGCACUUCUCAUGAAACAGCUUCUGUAUUUUGACCGAUAUACAAGGCUGUUAGCUCCCAACUUGAACAUGCUUCAGGACCAGAGAAUCACCAUUGUUUCAAAUAGAGGAGGCAGGAAUAGAGACACUUUCAAAUGAAUCUCACAGAUGUAGAAUUUUUGGGUAGUGCUUGUAAAUACUACCACAAAGAUAGACCCCAACGUUUAUUAUAUCUCAUAGAAACCCUUUUGGGACAUCGGGAAAUAAAAAUAUAUAUAUAUUCUAUAUGACAUUAGAGUACAACUGUUUUCUCUUGA